AUGCCACUCCUGGAAACAAUCCGCCACUUGGCUAUCGCCACCUUGGCCAUGGCAUCUACCAUUCAAGCCUUGCCACCCUCGCGGCCAGCAGAUGGCGCGCCCAAGAUUCCCCUGCGUCUCAUGCCCCUGGGAGCCUCCAUCACAUACGGGCAGCGCUCUUCAACCGGCAACGGCUACCGCGAAGAUCUGUACAACCUUCUGACCCAAGAAGGCUACACCGUCAGAAUGGCCGGGUCGCGCAAGCACGGCUCCAUGGCGGACAACGAAGUCGAGGGCUGGCCUGGCUUCCGCAUCGACCAAGUCGAGCGCAAGGCCAAGCGCGCGGUUCCCGGCCGCUUGCCCAACCUAUUCACCAUCAACGUCGGCACCAACGACUGCAUUCAAGACUAUAACCUCGACCAUGCUCGCAAUCGUAUGGAUGACUUGCUGGAGUAUCUGUGGACGGCCUCGCCAAACUCCACCGUCAUCCUGUCCACCCUCCUCGUCAACGUCAAUGCCACGGUCGAAUCGCGCAUCCAAAGGGUCAACCGGAGAUUCAAGGCUCUCGCCAUGCGCAAAACCCAAGAGGGCAAGAGGAUUAUCCUCGCGGACAUGCAUGGCGACGACGGACCGCAGAAGGCCGACUUGUCGGCAGAUGGCAUUCACCCUAAUGACAGGGGAUACGCAAAGAUGGCCAACAUUUGGAAUCGGAGCAUCCGGGAGGCUUCUCGCGAGGGCAUGAUUGUGGAGCCGAGGCCUCUCCCUGAAGCUUAG